AUCAUGUGCUAUGACCGCUACGUGUCCAUCUGCAAACCCCUGCACUACUGGACCCUCCUGGGCAGCAGAGCUUGUGCCCACAUGGCAGCAGCUGCCUGGGCCAGUGCCUUUCUCCAUGCUCUGCUGCACACAGCCAAUACAUUUUCCCUGCCCCUGUGCCAUGGCAAUGUCCUGGGUCAGUUCUUCUGUGAAAUCCCACACAUCCUCAAGCUCUCCUGCUCACACUCCAACUUCAGAAAAAUUUGGAUUUCAUUGCUUGGGGUCUGUUUAGGUUUUGGUUGUUUCAUGUUCAUUGUUUUCUCCUACGUGCAGAUCUUCAGGGCUGUGCUGAGGAUCCCCUCUGAGCAGGGACGGCACAAAGCCUUUUCCACCUGCCUCCCUCACCUGGCAGUGGUCUCCCUGUUCCUCAGCACUGCAGCAUUUGCCUACCUGAAGCCCCCCUCCAUUUCCUCCCUAUUGCUGGAUCUGGCCCUGUCAGUUCUGUACUCGGUGGUGCCUCCAGCCCUGCACCCCCUCAUCUACAGCCUGAGGAACCACGAGCUCAAGGGAGCCUUCAACCCUCCGCAGCAGGGAGCCUCCAACCCGCCACAGCAGGGAGCCUCCAACCCGCUGCAGACGGGAGCCUCCAGCCCCCCACAGCAGGAAGCCUCGCCUGCAGCCACUGCAGUAUCCGGGGUCGGAUACCCUGGCUAG